GCGAGGGAGAAAAGAAACCGUGUAAUAUCGGGGAGGCCGUGGAGAGGUGCAUAUCCUGUAAGGCUAACCUCAGGGCACGGGGCCCCCCGUCGCAGCUGCUGAUGGGAACCCUCCGGCUCUGGUAGCUCCGAUGCGACCAGAGACUGAAGCGCAGGCUGCAGAACGGGCACGGGGCUAACCAGUUAGCCAAUUUGGUGCUAAGUCAGCUAACUCGCAGACGGAGCGGCACUGCACCUCACCGCCGCGGGGUGACGUUACAACAGACGCAAUAAUGCAAAGGCCGGCCCAGGCAAAACGGCUAGCGACAGUUAAAUGAAGGAGCAGGUCGUUGUUUUUAAAUUAGCUGGGUCUAAGCUAACGCGGAAGACAUCCUCCACGGAAACCAAUGGUUAACCCUUCACGCAAUACUCUCCUCAUUUUGAAAGGCUUUUUUUCAGCGAGUAAAGGAUGUCUAAACGGCUGCGUAACACUGAUCUCUGCGCUGAUUGCAAUGUUCCAGAACCCCGCUGGGCCUCCGUUAACAGGGGUGUGUUCAUUUGCGAUGAAUGCUGCAGUGUUCAUCGAAGUCUGGGAAGACACAGCUCCCAAGUACGUCACCUGAAGCACACACCAUGGCCUCCUACGCAAUUACAGAUGGUUCAGACAUUAUACAGCAAUGGUGCAAAUUCAAUAUGGGAGCAUUCUCUUCUGGACCCUGCAUCUGUGAUGAGUGGAAAACGCAAGGCCAACCCUCAGGACAAACUGCAUCCAAACAAAUCAGAGUUUAUUAGGGCCAAAUAUCAAAUGCUGGCGUUUGUCCAUCGCAUGCCUUGCCGGGAGGACGACAGCUCGACCGCCAAGGAUUUAAGCAAGCAACUUCAUUCAAGUGUACGCACUGGGAAUCUCGAGACUUGUUUACGGUUGCUAUCCCUGGGGGCACAAGCCAAUUAUUUUCACCCUGAAAAAGGGAACACUCCCUUGCACGUGGCUGCCAAGGCAGGACAAUUGUCUCAGGCUGAGCUAUUAACGGUUUAUGGAGCAGAUCCUGGAGCCCUUGACAGCAAUGGCAAGACUCCCAUUGACUAUGCAAGGGAAGCUGGCCACCAUGACCUGGCCGAUAGAUUGGUGGAGAUUCAGUAUGAACUAACUGAUCGACUGGCGUUCUACCUGUGUGGGAGGAAGCCAGAUCAUAAAAACAGCCAGCACUUCAUUGUUCCACAAAUGGCUGACAGCAGUUUAGAUUUGUCAGAACUGGCCAAGGCAGCAAAGAAGAAACUCAAGUCUCUCAGUAAUCAUUUAUUCGAGGAGCUGGCCAUGGAUGUGUACGACGAGGUGGACCGACGAGAGACGGACGCAGUGUGGUUGGCGACACAGAAUCACAGCACUCUGGUGACCGAGACGACUGUGGUGCCUUUCCUUCCUGUGAAUCCGGAGUACUCGUCCACACGAAACCAGGGAAGACAGAAGCUGGCAAGAUUUAAUGCGCAUGAAUUUGCAACUCUUGUGAUUGACAUAUUGAGUGAUGCUAAGCGCAGACAACAAGGGAAUUCCAUUGCCAGUCCCAAAGACAAUGUUGAAUUCAUCCUGAAGAGUGUGGGUGUCAGGCAUCGCAGUGACAGCCAGGAAAACGACCAGCCUGACUACGACAGCGUGGCGUCCGACGAGGACACGGAUCACGAGCUCCCUUUGAGCCAAGGAGACCGGACAAAGAGCCUGGACUCUGACCUCUCCGACGGACCGAUUACUAUGCACGAGUACAUCGAGGUGAAGACGGCGCUCUCUGCCUCUGAAGCCAAGAUCCAGCACCUUUUGAAAGCCAACAACAACCUGAGUGACGAGCUGAGGCUGAUGCAGAAAAAGCUGCAAUCUCUGCAAAUCGAGAACACCUCGCUCAGACGGCACGUCCCAACCAAUAUCUAUCAGCCCCCGAGCGGUUCAGACUACCCCGACCCCUCCAGCCCCUCGGCCUUGAAACGCCGGCAGUCUGCGCAGGCCAGUCGGCCCAUGUCUAUGUAUGAGACCGGCUCAGGCCUGAAGCCCUAUCUCCCCAAAGGGGAAAGUCCCUACCCAGAGGAGGGUGUCCCCACCCUGCAACCCCACCCACCUCAUACGGAAAGGGGCGCUUUUGUGACCACCUCUUCAUCCCUCCCCUCAUUUCCAUCCACCCUGUCAUGGUCGAAGGACGAAAUUGCUCAAAAGGCCUCAAAGUUAGAGAAGCAAAGCAGCGUGCCGGAAAGUGACUAUGACAACACGUUCAAUGACUCAGAGAUGGAUGAUUCGGGUCUGAGCAGGAGAGGGAGGCUGAGGAGCAGUGGCUGGCUGGGGGAAGGCAAUUCGAUCCCAGAGAUGGAUGAUCUGGUGAUGGAUCCAGACCCCACACUUCCCAGCACAGAGGAUGUCAUCCGCAAAACAGAGCAGAUCACCAAGAAUAUCCAGGAGCUACUGCGGGCGGCUCAGGAGAACAAACAUGACAGACCAUGCGAGCGUGAAGGUGUGCGCCGGCUCAGGCACAGCCUGGGAUUUUUCAGCACUCUGGUGCCCUGGGCCGAGAAGGCCCCCCCUUCCCUUCCUCCGCUCAGCCUGCGGUCCCCUGACCCCGCCUCCUGCUUUAUACCCUGUUCAGAAAGAAUAUAUGUGGCUGUAACAGAAAUGGCGGCCCUCUUUCCCAAGAAGCCACGCUCGGAGACUGUGAGAAGCUCUCUGCGCUUGUUGACCUCCAGUGCGUACCGGCUUCAGAGUGAGUGCAGGAAGGCGUUGCCUUCCGAGGGCUGCCCAGGACCGGACAUGCAGCUGGUCACCCAGCAGGUCAUCCAAUGUGCUUAUGACAUCGCCAAGGCAGCCAAGCAGCUUGUCACUAUCACCACAAAGGAGAACACUAACUAACAGCACUCACAGGGCUGCAAACCUGUCAGCAUCUCAGUUUUCCUCUUAAGUAUAUUUUUUAAUGAUUUUUCUUUUUGUAUUCGUGGUAUAUGCAUGCAUUGUUUUUUUAAUUUAUGAAUAAAUAUUUAAAUCCAAGCCUGGACAAAAUAUGAGUGUGAAAAAGUCAGCAGCUCUACUGACUGCUGUAGGAGCACAAUUUCUCUAAGAUACAAUUUUAACUGUUGUAAAUCAAGCGGCCUGUGGACUGCGAUGGUUUAUAGAUUAGUUGGACAAACAACGGAUCUUUAAUCAGUUCAUAAUGUUAAUACGUGUUAUUGACAGAAGUGAUUAAGCACAGGACAGUAAAUCCAACUAUCGGUUGAUGUCAUCAGUCCUAAACCAGAAAUGGAUGAUAAAAAAUCACACUUGAGUCAGAACUCUGCUUUCAUUGAAUGCCAUUGCUAACAUUCUUGUGGCUAAAGGAGCUUCCUCAUUAAAAGCAGCCUACAAGCGCUAUCAUGCUCUAAUGUUUGUUCUCAAAAAACCAGAUCAAUUAUGUCUGAAACUUCAUUGAUGCACAAGUCGUAGCUCUGUAAUGUAUGUGGUUUGUCCACGUGUCCCAAGGGAUUUGUUGUGCCCAUUUGUCAAUUCCGUGAAUGCAAAUAACGCUUGUUAAGGGGCCUAGUGGUGCUCUUCACCCCACCAACAUGUAGUAUCAAGUCGAGGUAAUCUGGCGUGCUUCUUCACGCUGCACUGUAUUCUGCAGUCUGGUGUGCCAUUGCAGUGUUGGUGAUGUUACAAGGUAUUUAGAGCUAAUAGACAUACAGUACUUUAUGUAUGUCCUCGUUUUCUGUGCUCCGUUCCAUUGCUGCUAGUUUCGUAUUUAAUGUGCAACAAAUUGGAUAGAAGUCAUGACGCCACGAAUAUUUGUGCAAACCAACGUUCAUUAAGUGUUUCAGAGUUGAUGGUCAUUUUGACAACUAAGUAGGGUAGUGUCACUCUGUAUUUGACCGGAGUGCAGGCAUGUAUGUUAUGCAUCUAUUAAGUUGCACUUCAGACAACUAAUUAUUUUCUAAAUAAACUUUAUUUAUAAAUACACACUGUUUGCAAGAUGUUGCAUUAGUUUGCUUUAAUUUUGAUACAAAAAAAACAAUUAUUGGAUUGAAAGUUUUAUUUAAUCUACAAAUUCAGGAUAGAAAAUAUACAUUUAAAAAAGUGCAAAACAAAUCCAUAAAUACUUCUCUACAUACAAACAACUGAUUGGUAAUUAUUAACAUGAGGAUGGCACAACAUGACCUCAUAACCUACGUCCUCACUGCGUGUACGUGAGAGAUGUGAGAUACAAGGUCCUUGAUCAAACAUGCAUGGAUGUUUUUCACCUUCUAAUUGUCUCUUGACUGUGGCUUGCUCAGCAAGAAAGAAAAAAAUCCCAACUCAAUUUGCUACAAGAUUGAAAUGCAUGUUUUCAUUAAAUGCGAACUGGA